CUCUCCUUCUCUUCUUCGCCUUCGAUUCCAACCCCCAUUCAAUCCCCUUCUUCGAUUCGAUCCCUAUUCCAUCUCGAUUUCAUUCAAUUCAUCGUCUAAAGUUGUGAUCUUUGUAUCCAAAUCCUCAGUUUUCACACCAGAUUUAGGAUUUCCUCUUUGAUUCAUGGAUGCUUCUUGGGGUGGUGGCGCUUGAAGCUGAUUAGGGUUUUGAGGAUUCGUUUUCAAUGGGGAACUCUUGCGUUGGGCCUACGCUUGGCAAGAGUGGUUUCUUCCAGUCCGUCUCCGCUUCCUUGUGGCGAAUCAGAGCCCAGGACGACGUGCUCCCCUCCCCCAAGGCCGAGAAUUCUAGCCAUAAGCCGCCGGAGAUCCCGCCUUCUAGUGCGUUUGUACCUGCCGUUAAUAAGCCCCCUCCGCCGGUCAAGAUUCCUGAUGUUGAGGUGAAACCUGCGCCUUUGCCGUCCAAGCCCCCUGAAGUUGAAGCAAAGGCGGCUCCCAAGGUCACUGAAUCGGAGACCGCGCAGACCAAGCCCCAGAAGAAGCCUCACCAUGUUCGGAGAGUCUCGAGCGCUGGCCUCCAGAUUGACUCUGUGUUAAAGCGAAAGACGGAGAAUUUGAAGGAUAUUUAUAGUUUGGGGAGGAAACUAGGGCAAGGCCAAUUUGGCACCACGUAUUUGUGCAUAGAGAAGGCUACUGGAAAGGAGUAUGCUUGCAAAUCCAUUGCAAAAAGGAAGUUGACGACAGAGGAGGAUGUUGAAGAUGUUCGAAGAGAGAUUCAGAUAAUGCAUCACCUCUCCGGCCAUCCAAAUGUGAUUUCGAUCAAAGGGGCUUAUGAGGAUGCUGUUGCUGUUCAUGUGGUUAUGGAGUUGUGUGCGGGAGGAGAGUUGUUUGAUAGGAUCAUUCAGAGAGGGCAUUACACGGAGAGGAAGGCGGCGGAGCUUGCCAGGGUGAUUGUCAGUGUUGUGGAAGCUUGCCAUUCUCUUGGUGUUAUGCACCGUGAUCUCAAGCCAGAGAAUUUUCUCUUUGUCAACCAGGAUGAGGAGGCUCCUCUUAAGACAAUCGAUUUUGGGUUGUCCAUAUUUUUCCGGCCAGGAGAAAUAUUCAAUGAUGUGGUUGGUAGCCCAUAUUAUGUUGCACCAGAAGUGCUAAGAAAGCGGUAUGGUCCUGAGGCAGAUGUUUGGAGUGCCGGGGUGAUAAUUUACAUUUUGCUAAGUGGUGUACCGCCAUUUUGGGCAGAAACCGAACAAGGUAUUUUUGAAGAGGUUUUGAAUGGCUCGCUGGACUUUGAGUCAGAUCCAUGGCCUAGCAUCUCCGAGAGUGCCAAAGAUCUUGUAAGGAGAAUGCUUAUUAGAGAUCCAAAAAGGCGGUUGACUGCCCAUGAAGUUUUGUGCCAUCCAUGGGUUCAGGUUGACAGUGUCGCUCCUGAUAAGCCUUUGGAUUCUGCAGUUCUUUCCCGGUUGAAGCAAUUCUCUGCAAUGAACAAGCUCAAAAAGAUGGCCCUCAGAAUUAUUGCUGAGAGCCUCUCUGAGGAUGAAAUUGCUGGUCUCAAAGAAAUGUUUAAAAUGAUAGACACUGACAAUAGUGGACAGAUUACUUUUGAAGAACUCAAAGCUGGACUUGAGAGAGUUGGUGCAAAUCUUAAGGAGUCAGAAAUUUACGCAUUGAUGCAAGCAGCGGAUGUUGACAAUAGCGGUACAAUAGAUUACGGUGAGUUCAUAGCUGCUACUCUACAUUUCAACAAAAUCGAGAGGGAGGACCACUUGUUCGCAGCUUUCUCAUACUUCGACAAGGAUGGCAGUGGCUACAUUACUCAAGAUGAGCUACAACAGGCCUGUGAGGAGUUCGGUAUUGAAGACAUCAGAUUGGAAGAAAUUAUUCGGGAAAUAGAUCAAGACAAUGACGGGCGAAUAGACUACAAUGAGUUUGUAGCAAUGAUGCAAAUGGGAAAUCCGGGUAUUGGAAAGAAAGGGUUGCAGAACAGUUUCAGUAUUGGAUUUAGGGAGGCUCUAAAGCUUUGACGUUUUCUUUUUUUUUUUUUUCUUUUGAUCACUUUGUUUUUUCUUCUUUAGAUUAAUUGUAGGUUUCUUAUUGCAUGGAUUUGUAAAGGUCAUUGUUGCUAGUAAAAAUUCAGUCACUUUUCAAGCUUUAAAAAUGCUCUGCAAGUUUAUGUAUGUUUAAAAGUUAGUUAGGUU